CGGAAGUCAGUUCGCUCUAAAUAUAGCUGCUCUUUAUACCUCUGUUUUUAUUUAAUAUGUUUAUAUGAGAGACAAAAAACAAGAUCGAUAAAAAGAUCGAAAAAAUUGAGCAUUUCGAUAGUUUGAGUCGAGCAUUUCGUUCGUUGUUCCUAUCUGUAAACAGAUCUCCAUGUGCUGAAGUUCAAUGGCUUCAGAGAAACAAGUCAAGUUCGUGAUUGUAGGUGGAGGAAUCGCAGGUGUCACUUGUGCAGAACAGAUCGCAUCACAGUUCCCAUCAGAUGAAGUUUGUCUUCUUACAGCUUCUCCUUUAGUGAAGAAGGUUACCAAUUUCAGACAGAUUUCUAAAACCUUGGAAGAAUUUGAUAUUGAAGAACAGCCGUCCCAUGUUUUAGAGGAAAAGUAUCCCAACCUGAAAGUCCUCCAAUCUGCAGUCAGACUCCUGAAAGCCAGGGAACAUCUUUUAGAAACCGAAGAUGGUCAGAGAUUCUUCUACAGAAAGCUGUGUCUAUGCAGUGGAGGCAGACCUAAACUUCUGUCCAAGGACAACCCUCAUGUGCUGGGCAUACGAGACACAGACAGCGCUCAGGAGUUUCAAAAGAGAUUAUCAACGGCCAAGCGCAUAGUGGUCAUCGGCAAUGGAGGAAUCGCUCUCGAGCUGGUGUAUGAAGUGGAAGGCUGCGAGGUGAUCUGGGCUGUAAAGGAUAAAGCCAUAGGAAACACAUUCUUUGACGCAGGAGCUGCUCAGUUUCUCAUUCCCUCGCUGGAGGCCGAUAGAAGAGAAGCGUCUUCGCUCUGCAAGAGAGCGCGGUACACUACUGACAGCUCUGCAGCAGGCCACAGUGGGUCUUCAUCCGAGCUCGGCAGUGCCCUCGGCCCAGACUGGCAUGAGGGCAUUGAACUAAGAGGAGCAAAGCAGAGCGUCCGUGGCAUUCAUAUCGAAUACGAGUGUGAGGUUGAGCAGAUUUACACCCAGCAGGAGCUUCUGCAGUCCGAGCACAGCACAAAGACGGCUGAAUUAGGCGUGUGGCCAGCUUAUGUGCAGUUGACCAAUGGGAAGAUUUAUGGCUGUGAUUUUAUUGUCAGCGCAACAGGCGUCGUACCAAACACUGAUCCGUUUCUUCCUGGCAACAAUUUUGAUGUGGCGGCGGAUCUCGGUCUGCUAGUGGACGAUCACAUGCGCACUUCUGAAGCGGACGUGUUUGCGGCUGGUGACGUGUGCAGUGCAGGCUGGGAGCCCAGCUCUAUCUGGCAACAGAUGCGGCUGUGGACUCAGGCGCGUCAGAUGGGCUGGUACGCAGCUCGCUGCAUGGCUGCAGAUGUCCUGGACGAGCCCAUCGAGCUGGACUUCUGCUUUGAGCUCUUCUCACACAUCACAAAGUUCUUCAACUACAAGGUGGUUUUGCUGGGGAAGUUCAACGCUCAGGGUUUGGGCCAGGACCACGAGCUUCUCGUGCGGUGUACGAAAGGACAGGAGUAUGUGAAAGUGGUCCUGAGCGGCGGCCGGAUGGUGGGAGCCGUCCUUAUUGGAGAAACCGAUCUGGAGGAAACCUUCGAAAACCUCAUCCUCAACCAAAUGGACUUGACCCGAUAUGGCGAGGAGCUGCUAAACCCAAACAUCGACAUUGAAGACUACUUUGACUGAGUCCUUCCGGUGACGCGGAGAUAAUUAAGCUAUGCCUGGUGUCCAUGCUACUCCAGCUUCUUGGACCUAAGAAAACACAUCAUUUCAUCAUCUCGCUUUAGUUUGGAAACCCUGGUGUUUGUAUUCACUGCAGAGGGACUGAAACGCAGACUGUUGAAAGCAUGGUGCAAUUUGCGCAAAUGAGGCCAAUCAGGAGCUUGCUCUAGAAUGAAUGUGAUUAUGACGUAGCGCCUCUUGUUGGUGUCUUGAGGGGAAAUCCUCCUGCUGACACAGGAGAUCAGCUCUUCAAACUAGGGCAGGAUUAUUCUGAAGCAUCGCUGAAAAGCCUCCAUCAUCCAGGUACAGUUUCUGGAGGAGUGCACCUCUGAAAAGGAUCUAGUGGACUCAAGACAGAGGCGCCGAAUGAAUCUCUGCUGUUUUUCAGCCUUCCUAAAGCACAGAAACGCAGCUAUUCUCUCAAUAACAUCCAUGUUAGCCAUUUAGCAACGAAACUAGAGUCACCGGGUGGACAGAAGCCCUGCCCAUGACACGAAUCCACAAUAUUGUAAAGUAAUUUUUGACAAACAAAUAAAGCGAGUAAACUUAA